CAGUCAGUAACCUGAUUAUGAUUAUACCUCCCCUCUUUGGUGCCAUUCAGAGUGUCAAAGACGGACUGGAAAAGCGGUACAUUGCUUCUUAUUUGGCACUCACAGUGGUAGGAAUGGGAUCCUGGUGCUUCCACAUGACUCUGAAAUAUGAAAUGCAGCUAUUGGAUGAACUCCCAAUGAUUUACAGCUGUUGUAUAUUUGUAUACUGCAUGUUUGAAUGUUUCAAGAUGAAGAAUUCCAUAAACUACCAUCUGCUUUUUACAUUAGUUCUGUUCAGUUUAAUAGUAACCAUAGUUUACCUUAAAGUAAAAGAGCCUGUAUUCCAUCAGGUCAUGUAUGGAAUGCUGGUCUUCACAUUAGUACUACGUUCUAUUUAUAUUGUUACAUGGGUUUAUCCAUGGCUUAGAGGACUUGGUUAUACAUCCUUGGGUAUAUUUUUAUUGGGAUUCUUAUUGUGGAACAUAGAUAACAUCUUUUGUGAUUCACUAAGGAGCGUUCGAAAGAAGAUGCCACCCAUCAUAGGUGUUACCACACAGUUCCAUGCAUGGUGGCAUAUUUUAACUGGUCUUGGCUCUUAUCUUCACAUCCUUUUCAGUUUAUAUACAAGAACACUUUACCUAAGAUACAGGCCAAAAGUGAAGUUUCUCCUUGGAAUCUGGCCAGUGAUCCUAAUUGAGCCUCUCAGGAAGCACUGAUGAAUUAUCCUGCCAAGAAAACAAAUAAAAAAGCUGCCUGCCAUCAUCCUGACAGAAUGAAUAAGGAAAAUCUCAAAGAUCCGUGGGUUGAAGUAGAUCCUGACCAUCACAGCAAAGGAGUGGCUCUUUCACAAAGGCUGCCGCCAGCCAGGCCAAGAAGGAGUUGAGCCUCCAGGGUGCUUAGCUCCUUUCUGUAGCUCAUUCCUUCUCCUCCUCCUUACCCUAAAUGUUCAGAAAGAAACAGAUAUGAUGUUUAUGUACAUAAUGCAAAUUCUUUCAUUUUAAAAGCGGGCUUUUCUUAACAGGUUAACAGUUCCUCUUGGUCAUAGGAAAUGUAAUCUUUUUGUUUGGGACAGGGUUGCAUGUGAUUCAUGCCUUUCCUCUAAGAUCUGCAAUGUGUCUUUGAUGAAGUAAUGAAAGCGGUCAGCUAAGGACUGGCAACCCCAUCUCCAGAUGGUCAACUAUGAGCCAGCACUUCCCUGUGGCAGCCUCGAGUGAUAGUUUUGUCAUUAACCUCACAGGUGGCUUUCCAAGGUGAAAACCGGUGGGAUUCUAGAUAGUGUAUCUCUGUCUGCCUCUGGAAGAGUCAAAGUGUCUGUCAUAAGCCAGCCCCGACCUGGCACUGAGGUCUCCGCACUCCCCUCCCGGGAUGCCCAGGAGACUGGGGUUUGUGUGUGGCCACAGCUCCGCAGGGUGGUGUUUGUCCUGCAGCCUUUCUGAAGAUCUGGAGGAGCCUGUUACACUUCCAGCCAGUGGGGCGGUGGUAGAUGUCACGCUUUUUAUGGCCAGGCAAACCUGACUAGCUUGCAAUCCUCCAUUCGCCCAGCAUAACCUUUUUAAAGUUAUCUGUGAAUAUUGGUAUGCUCUGACAUGUUACCUUUUGCAGCAUGUUUUUGGGUCUCAAAGACCUGGGUCAUGCCCAGGAAAGGUGAUCAAGAUCACUAGAGCUAAAAUGAUCAGGAUCCUGUCUAUAUAAUUGUUAAUUUCUUUCAUUUUUUGAAAGAAAUAAGAGAUGAGCUGAGAACAGUUUUCCAUAACUUCUAACUUGCAGAAUUCCUCAAAAUUAAAGUGCCAAGAAAGGGCAGCACAAUCUCAUUUUAAAGAAGCUAUUCGUAAUGUAAGUUCGAGAGUAUAGUAAACGGAACUACUUUUCACGAAUGUGACACCUGCCUGAGUGAAAACCUGAUUUGACUCCACUGCUCAUACCUAAAUCACCGUCACUGUAGCCUGCACCAUCUAGCAAUUCCGUGGCCCUUCUCCUGCGUUCUGCACGAGGCCGUGAUCCAGAUGCGCCUUCACCAGUUGCGCUGAGUCAGUUACUCAAGGCAGCCCCUGAGCAGUUGCACUUUUCAGAGCAGAACUGUGCUUCGUAAGGUUGUCCAUGGCUGUGAUCUUCCAGAAGACUCAGACAUUUCUUCCAAAGCACUUUGGGGUGGAUGCAAACUGCCAGACUUUCAGAAAGUAGCCGAGCACUUGGCCAGUUCUCAACACCAGAACCAACCCCAAACCCACGGCCAUAGAUGCGAUUCCGACUCAACAGUGAUGCUGUAGGACAGAGAACGGCUCCUCUGGUUUUCCAGGACAGAGCAGCAGCCUGACACAUCUCUCCUCUGCCGCCCACUCCCAAACGCUGACCUUUUGGGUCACAGCAGUGCCACUGUGCCACCUGGGUUCCUCAACACCAGACAGUGCCCCAUGGAGCUACAGCUUCAAAAGAAACAUCCUGUUUUUCUUAAGCCCCUGCAUUCAGUUAUUUAGUCUGGCCUCUGUUAAAUCAAAAAUAAAUUUUGACGUUUUUCUUCA